UGAUGGCAGGCUUCGGGCACUUGGUUGUGCCCCUGCGUCGCCAUGUCUGCAGUUGUGCUGGACUUGUGACUUGUGAUCCUGCUUGGCUUCUCUGAUUCUUACACUCCGCCCCGCGUUAGAUGCGUCGCCGCUGUUGCCUCACUGCAUAACCAGGAAUAUGAACUCACUGCUCUCAACAGCUGGAUUAUGCGAAGCUUCCAUACGGAAUAAGGAUGUGUAGAGGUAGUCGUUCGAGGUUAGAUCAGAAACCCUAAGGUUCAGGGUGGAGAGGGAUUGAGGAGGGAGGAUUUUGAUUCGUCGAUUGCAGGAGGAGCCAGGUUAGCAGCAAGAGUCACUAUAGCAGGAGCUUUGGUUUGGCUGUGCAAAGGAGAUUAGCAUUUGGCAAUCGUAGGGAUGGACGGUUUACACGGCGACGACGCGUUCGGCGCGUCGUCUAACCCGGCGAUGAAAUGGAGAGAUCAAAUGGCACGCCGAUUUCAGUACUAUUUGGACAAGUCGACACCGCAUGCGGGCUUGCGGUGGGUUGGCACGCUCGUCAUGGCUGCAAUCUACUGUCUACGCGCUUACUUUGUGCAGGGUUUCUACAUUGUUACAUACGGGCUCGGCAUCUACUUGCUGAACCUGCUUAUAGGGUUUCUGUCUCCUCAAGUGGACCCGGAGAGCGAGGGCCCUGCUUUGCCCACAAAGGGUAGCGAUGAGUUCAAGCCGUUCAUUCGCAGACUUCCUGAGUUCAAAUUCUGGUACGCAUUCACGAAAGCGUUGGUGGUGGCAUUCACCUUGACUUUCUUCAGUAUAUUCGACGUGCCUGUGUUUUGGCCAAUACUGUUGAUGUAUUGGAUCGUUCUUUUUGUUCUCACCAUGAAGCGUCAAAUUCGACACAUGAUCAAAUAUAAAUAUGUCCCUUUUUCGUUGGGUAAACAGGAGUUGAAUAGUGCAUAAUUCCCUCAUGGUAAUGUUACUGAAUGCAGCGGUACUCUGGGAAGGAGUAUUCUUCAGAUAAAGCCAGCACUUCCAGCGACUAGGGGCGUCUUUGAAUUCCAGGUGGACAUUCGCCUCUGCUUAGUGCCCACCGUCAUUUAUUAGAGGGGGCGGACUCUCGAGGCUGCUACACAGGUUCAGUUUCAAGAAGCAGAUGGGGUUGAGGGAUUGUUGUGGACCACCUUUCAAAGGCCAUCUGAAGUCUUUGUGCAAUACUAGUUUAUUCCUCAUUUUGAACCCUGCUGAAUUUCUCUGUCUGCGUCUCAUUGGACACAUGGCAACUGGUCGGUAGAGCUAAUUCUACGGCAUCCAGUAUUGAAGACCUGGAUCUAAUUUCAAUCGUUAUUUUAAUAAGCAACUCAAGCGUGAAGUGCAUGAACGAUGCAUUUGCGCAGCCUUUGUAGCACUGUUGACCUUUUGUACAGACCUGUUUGAGCAAAACAAUAUCAGCUGAGUUUGGGAAAAAAAAAAUGUAUUUUCAGCAGUUGGUGUCUGAAACUUGAAUCAUCUAAAACAAGUCCGCGGUUUGUCCU